GUCAAGAAGGUCCGAUGAAGAAACAAACAUAAACAAGGCGAGGGAACAUCUCUGCCUCGCGAGGUGCGAAUUUCUAAAUUCAAAUGUACCUUAGUACUGAAACUCACACCAACAUCUUUCAAGAAAAAGCAGAGCCAGUAAUUAUGUGAUGCGACGGAACGUUUUCGAUUCUAAUAAGGGUAGCCCAUGUUAAUGCACAGCAUCUAAAUGCUGAGUUUAGGUUUACUCGUCGACCUACAUCAUGUAGUAACUGAUGAGCAUUUUCAUUUCGACAAGCGUGCGCACUCAUGAAUAGAAGUGCUGUCUAUAAUUAAUCUUCUCAGGACCAGGACGAGUGGAAGUGGACGUCACCUUCUACUUCCUCUCAUGGAUGAAAGACCAGCCUACAGAAGCGGGUAGGCAAAAAGGACGACGUCGAGUGUUGUUUGUGCGUAACAUCAUCCCCAUCCGCAGCUGCACCAAGAGGUGGUAGUAGUCCUGGCGGCACGACGUGAUAGACGAAAAGAAUGAGAACCGCAGAGGAGCAAGAUUGAAAGGCAGUGCAAGAAGUAGCAGCUCUACAACAUUCACUCCGACCUCCGAGAUGACGAUGACAAAAGAAGUUGUACCAAUUGGAAAUCAUGUCAAAAUGUUGAUUCCUCUGGGUUAGGAAAGUUUCUUACAUCCUGACUCGUGGAACAAGGAUAAGCACGAAAGUGAAACUGAUGUUGAAGUGACGGCAAAAAAAAAAACGCACCCCAACAUGAUAAGUUUUCGUCCCGCUCUCGUCAUUCUCGGUUACUUACUCAUUCCACUUGCGGGAAUAAAAGGGUGGAUCUCGUCCCCUGGCUGCAAGAUAGUCUUGAUGAUAGUGAUACAUAAUCCACAGCUUAAGUACUUAUUUAAGUGCUGCGGAAUGUGCGUCGUAGCUAGAUGACAUGACUGUGCAGGAGCCAUCAUGCCUUACAUAGAUAAAACACGAGUUCCGGGGCAAUUGAUGUUCCAAGCCCAGAUGAAUCGUUCGAUGUUUGCAAUGCAUAGGCCACUGACGAAGAGCACGAGACGGAGACGAGUUGGCACCACAGGGAAGACAAGCUUGCCCUACUGGAGGUUUUUGUUGUAAACGACGACGAUGAAGCUGCAGAUGAAGAAGAGCUGUGGGAGCUGGAAAGAGCGCAAAAUGAUGACAGCGAAGCCGAGGAACAAAUCACGACCCCACUACUCACAGGAUACUACAACUCUCGCCUGCCCAUCCCGAAGUUGUUGUCGGAGAAAGAUGGAACAUCAGAGGACCACUCUGAGCUGAUAAAUUUGAACUCAGCUACCACUUCUACUUCUACGACAGCACCGGAUGAAGCAGACCAGAGUUGUCUCGGCGCCAGAGCAGCUGAAACAAGAUCUCCUUCAAGAUUAUGCGAGGAUCCUGCACGCCCACGUCCAGAAGCUGAUGACAAACCACCCGCUGGUGGAGGUGCCCUCUAUUCAUCGAGCAGCAGCUGCACCACUAAAAGUCGGAGAGUUGUAGCAAAGCACCGGUUCUCCUGCGGCUCCCAGAGCGGCGCGUCGUGUUUGUUACUCGUGGUUACAACAGCUGUCGUGAUUUUGUGCUCACUCACAUUUUUUCUGCCAGGGGGCGGUGGCGUAGUGUCCUACUUGUUGGGAUUUUGCGCCGGUCCGCAGGAUUGCGUGGAACUACAGGGUAUUACGCAUUGCAAAUAAAAUAUGUCUGGGUCAUCUGGAACAAAAGUGUAAGUUUGUCAUGCUUGUUGUCUCACAUGACUGUUGAAUCUUAUCUCGAAUGCGUGAGCAGGAAACCGAAACACUUACAAUAUUUAUAUUACUUUUAUUGAUGCUGUGAUGCCGUGGGUGGUAAAAAUGGCUACUCUGUGAUGAGAGCAUGAGCAGCACAAGAACUCGCAAGACCCAGACAUUAGUAUUUGCAAUGCAUAGAACCACAGCAGGCGUCCUCAACGCGGCCCGGCGAAAGUUCAUCUGGCCGAAUUAGUGCACGUGCGCCUGCUAUCCGUUGCAAAUAUGUCUGGUCCGAAAGAUGCAUGAAUGCAAGAUUUGUGCAAUCAUGCUGAACCCACCCUCUAUUACACUCCCGAUCUUGGUAAUGCGUCUUGCGGAAUAGUCAUAGUGCUGUUUCUUUUUCAUCUACUUAAAUAAAACGCAAGUUCUCGUGCGUGUUAUUGUUUACGUACCUUAGCCUUCGGACGGUUUGAAGAUCUGUCAUGCGUUGCUGCGUAAUCCUGUCAUUUUGUCAAUGUCAAUCAUGCACAAACUUCUUUAGCAUCUUUACAACUUUCCAGUGAAAACCCAGACAUAUUAUUUGCAGUGGAUAUCGGCCGAGGAAAAGUCGGUGGGAAGCAGGGAUUACGAACGCAGUGUCCGAGGAGCAGCGGGAGCGGCAGAUCAUCGUGUGAAGCACGAGGAGUACAACAAGCGCGCGCAAAUUGACAAUCCGCAGCAAGCCUUUCUACAGCACAGCAAACAUGCGUCUCUACAGCACAGCAAACAUGAUACUCACCUCCUCCAAUACCGUUACCCGCAGUUAAGACGAGAUGUGCGGGUGCAAGAACAGGGCAAGAAAGUAGACUUCUACGGCACGGCACAGCCACAGAUCGAUGGCUCUUUGCGCGUAAUGGAGGACCCGAAGGAGGAAAACGAAGAAGAGCAGAAUUCGGACGUACUCACGGAAAUGGAGGAUCUAUCCCGGAAAAUAAAUUUAUUUAUUGUUUCAGCACUCCCUGUCCCUUUGCAGUUCUUCUUCUUGUGCAGCUGGGGAACAACCCAUAGAAGCUCUCUUUUUGAUCGAUCAUGGUGCACUGCAUGGCUGCCAGCGUCGUUCGUGUAGAACCAACUGCCAGCACAAAAAUGAAACAAGUAACCCGGGAUCUUCCCGAGGUAGUUUCCUUUUUUAUGUUGAAGCCCCACCCCCAGCCUUCUAGAAACCAGGACAAUAAAAGCACCUAAUGAAUUACGAUGUUGCUCUUUAGAUUAUUUUGAACGUUCAUAACGUUCACACGCGAAGUAGAUGGGCGGGGACAAAGAUUGAUGUCGUGGCCCCCCCGCUUGCACUGUGUGGAAUGCUACUAGAGUACGUAGAUUUGUUUUUCCGUGAUAGGACCCGGACAGCGAGCCCCUGCACCAGAACCAAGACUUCCAGGAACUGCAACGCGGCGCACUGUUAUCGGAAAAACCAUAAUUUGAGUCAAGUCAGCAUAAUUUUGUAUGUCGUCAUGGCAAAGUGUAUGGGCGUGCACGUGAGUGUAUGUAGGUGACGCCUCGUUUAUGUCAUUUUUUGUGCGCCGACAUGUUAGUUGUAGUUUAUUCUGUUGGCCAAGAAAUAGAAAUUUGGACACAUGGAAAACAUAAGAGUAAAUGCGUAUUUAUCUUGUCACCGUCAGCUUAAUUCAAAACAGUCGUGCUCGAUGGGGAUGGCGUCUAGGUCUUGCUGGAUCCAUCGCUGCCACGCAUGGCAAGACGACAACCGAUUUUCUUUUUUGACUUGACUCAUUUUUCUGAUGUGAUAGACCACGACGACGGCCCAAUCUUCGUUUGCUCAAAUAACAUAAUGUAAAAGCACCCCCUGAAGAACCCCAUACACGAAAGGACUUCAUUGAUGGAGUGGAAGCGCCUGAAAUGGAGAUCUUGAUCUGCAUUAAGCAGUAGCCGACCAAGGUGUGGUACGUCAAGUCCAGGCGAAUCCCAAAUUGAAAAUAGUUUGCAGGUUUUUGAUAUAUCGAUUGCGCUGGUGCCUGGUGGAUUGGGCUCUCGGGGCGUCUUUGAUUAUGAUGAUGUUCCAGCUUCUUAGACAAGGAGUUCGGAGGGUGUGGUGGUGGGGGGGAAAUAAAUAUGGAAGACGAAGUAAUUAUGAGGAAUGUUUCAUAUUCGACCCCAUGGCGCCGAAGCAAAGAAACGGCUGGGCGCACAUUCCCUCCGUGUCAUGUCUGUCAUGGUGAUGGCGCCCACCUUGGGUACAGGCCAAGUGCCGACGUGGGUCACGUCGGCGCUUGGCGUGUUUGAUUCGUCUCAGCGCUUUUUAUUUUCUGUUUUUCGCGUCCAAAUUAUCCAAAUACGCCUUCUAGUCCGGCGCGGCCAGUCUUGAUCUCAUCUGACCGUGAAGUCGAGAAGCGCUCCACCGCCGCCUUGUUUUUUGUUGCGCGGCUUAGGCACUUCUUUGCCUGCGCGUGUGACCCUCGCAGGCACAUGUGGCCGACAGCCAGCGACAGCGAGCGAACUAUAGCGAAAAGGGGAUCGUGAGGGGGGACGAGUGGAGUUCCUCUAUUUCUUCCCUCCAUAUCAACAUGUCCAGGUCCAGACGUAGACCUUAAGGGUGUAGACUGCCCACUUUCUGCCGGCCACACCCCGAGCGUCCCAGACAUGGGUGGCGGAGGUGCCGAUGGCGUCGCGGCCCUUGCAGGCGGGGAUGUUAGAGGAGGUGCCGAUGGCGUCGCGGCCCUUGCAGGCGGGGAUGUUAGAGGAGGUGCCGAUGGCGUCGCGGCCCUUGCAGGCGGGGAUCUUGGCGGAGGGUCCGUUGUCGCCGCGGCGGCCGUACCAGGCGCGGAUGGCGGAGUUGACGGAGCAGGUGUAUUUGGUGGAGAUCUUGGAGGCGGAGGAGGGGGGGAUGCCGUACGGGGAGUUGUUGGAGAUAUUGGCGGCCAUCAUGUUCUUGGUCCGUCUGCAGAGGGUGUCGUGGGAGACGCCGGGGCCGGCUCCGACGCAUUACGCAGCGCGGCUGAAGUACUUCACGAUGUCUAUCUUCUUGGUCCUAGUAGCGACAUCGAUAUCGGCGGCGGGACGACACACCUAGCUGAAAGGGUAGGAGGGGCGGUAGACCGGGCGGCACAAAUUCGAGAAAAUGCACAGGAGGCUGCUGCGCUUGUUGGGGUAUACUUUGGCGCGGAAAUGGUGGAGCAUGCUUUGACAGAGGGGCUCGUCGAAAGUCGGACGCAAGCCCAUCUGAAGCAAAAAGCGCUGAAGGACGACCAGGGACGCCAGCGGGCAUUCAAGACGUUCAAGGAGCCCGUCGAGAUUUUCGCAAGCAUGGAGCUUGCGGCGCUAAACCCGGACCUGGUGGACGAAAACGCGAAAGGCCGUACACUCGAAGAGUUUUUUCCGGCCGUGUUUGCCUUCCUCCGGCAGGAGGGUACCGAGCGGAUUUAUUUGUGGGCCGGCGUUGUCCAUGAUAGCGCCACGCCACAACAGUUGCAGGAGCAGAAGAACUUCAACAUCGAGAUAGCACUGGCGAAGGACGGCGAGAAGGAGAAGCAUGACCUCUUCGAGCGGGUGGCCGACGGUAUCGCUUCGGCGGUAGUACAAACGUCAUCCGCAGGCGAACAGGAAGAUGUCGUCACCUCGUUUUUGAAGAACGACCCCAACGGGCAGAUGUUUGUUGCUGAUGUGCUUGGCGACUGGGUGAGCCCCGAUAAAAAUUGCAAAACCAAUCGAGAAUCAUGCCCGGAGCAUUUGACGCCGCCUGGUCCGCAAGUGAUGGCUCUUGUAUCAAACUUAAAACAUCAGCUUCCGCAGUCCGUUACCGUAAAAAUAAAAUUUAAACUGCUCUGCGUAGUUAUGAUGAUAAGCGACCUUGUAUAGUGCACAGUGGCACGGAUAGUCACUCAUCUUCAGCUUCAGUUAGGAGCCCUGCAGCGACGAAGCCCCUCUCUAGUGCGCAGGGCAGUUCACCAGAUAGAUAGCGUUGCUGAUUCACUUUAGCCAAGCAGGCCAAAAGAAGUGAGAAACCUGCUUUGUUAGGCAUGAGACUUUACUUUCAGCUUCGUCACUACCAUCCAUUGACAGUCACAGUUUUGCAGCUGCAGAAGGUGUGUGCAUUGUUGUGCAUGAGUCUGUCUGCGGGCGGAAAUCGUUUUGAUUAUGAUAGCUUUUGCGUUUGGUCGAGCUAGUGCUUGCGCGGCUCCUCAUGGCGGGAGACCUCGCCGAACUACGCAAGGCCAUGGGGUUUAAAGAUGACGUAACCGACGACAUUAUGAUUGCCUACAUUACAAAGGUCUAUGACACAUGGCGCUGGACCAAGGACACAGAUCACAGCGCCAGCUUGGAAACGACUCCGCCAGGAGCUCGGGGAAAGCGGAAAGAACACAUGUCGCAGCUGACGCAUGCCGCUCUGGUACAGUUCGAGACGGACUUCGCGGAGGAGAUAGGACGCAAGAAGAUGACGAAGGCACAGCUCUGCCAGGAGCAAAUUCAUGAUUUUCUGGUCAGCGUCGGGGUAAAGGAGCAGGACGCUGGACAGCAAUCGCUUCCAGUUCCGCCGCAGACGCCUGCGCCAGCGCUUCCUCGCGACGUCGGGCGACGUGAUGUAGUUGAGAAACCACUACGACUACCCGGCGCACCACCGGCAGCCAACCGUGCGUCCCCAUCUGCAGCCGCGGCCGAUCGUCCGGCGCCACCAGACAAUGACGGGGCAAAACCAGCAGGCGGUCCACGAGGCACCACGCCCCGGGGGCCCCCGGAUCAACUACAUGGAGCGCAGCGCAGCACAGGAGGCGGGUCGGCCGCGCUAAUGCCGGAAGCCGGAUUGGUAGGUGGGGGUGGUGCGGGGGCAGCCGCUUCAGCGUCGCGACCUGGGGGCGAAGGUGCGCGGCCGACGCCCGCAGCCGCAACUCCGGGAGCAGGGGGCGUUGCUGCGGGCAUUCGUCCAUCGCAAUCGGCAUCUGUUAAUCCGGCACCCGCUGCGCCUCAAAAUAAUGUGUCCCGCACCUCGACGGGGGCUCAAAAACAAACGGACUCCAAGUGCUGCUAAUAAAUUAAUUUGUCCACCUUCCUUGAAAAUACGAGAAGCUGUGGUCUACUUCAAUAACGGAACGUACAAAAUGUACUACAACACUUUUCUACAACUUCCUAAUCAGCUGUAGAUGACAGGGAGAAUCGCCGCUCCAUAGUGAUCAUCUUAAUCAAACGACUUUUCGAAAGCGCUGCUGUUGAACGAAGAGCACACUCCAGAGGAAGAUUGACCUCGGACAAAGCAGCGCGAGAAAACGAAGAAUCAUAUUAAGAGCGCCGAAAUAAACCACCUAUUACUUAUCCAUCAAUCAUUUUUCAUAAGUGCUAUGCUUUGCAGCUUUGUGCCGCGUAACCAGCCACGAUCAAGUGCAAAUAGGGCAGAGUAGGCCCCCACCAUGCGUUGGCUACUUGUUAAUUUAUUCCGUAUCAGUUCUUGUUAAACGUUUCGCGGCCACAAGAAGCAAUCUGGAGGCUCAGAAUGCUCUAUGCAAUCACAAGGAGAAAUGACAGGUUGCUUGCUACAGUGCGAAGCUUCCACUUCUCAUCUGAAUUUUACAAAGCAGUGCACUUAAUAUUCGUGGGAGCUUGCUUCCUUUUCAGCAAUCGCAAGAUGUCGGGAUGCUCGAUGUCAGGCAACCGGCAACAGGGCCGGGGGGGCUCUGAGAUAGUUAGUCUAAGUCAUUGCAAGAAGCAAAAGCAGGGCAUGCAAACUCAACCAACUGAGGCUAUACUUAUCUGAUUAUAUAUGUAUUUUUUUUUUUAAACAAGUUUACAUUCGUUUUCAAUUUCAUAACAUCAUCCUUUUUUUCCUCUUUUUCAAAUAAACUUUGAGUUGUGUACAAACAUCGAUUUCUUGUUAAGCUUGACAUAUGUAGAUGCACCUUUUUUUUGCUUUUUUAUCGACCUGUUUUUUUCUGAAGAAUCAUUCGAAUGCAGAUAAUUUUAAUUAUCGAGUUCUUGAUGAGGCAACAACAAAUAAGGACCGAUCACAACAAGGAGUGCCUCAGCUCGAGGCAGACGCGAGGUUCAUACAUAAAAACCAGAGUUGCCAUGAAGAUUGAGAAAAAGAGUUUUGUUUCACAGUAUAGAGUAAAUAAGGUGUAGAAUAAGAAGAAGAGCGGAUGCAACUUUUCAGGUGGUUUACCCACAA